AUCAAAAGUCGACGGUCAGUUAGGUUUACUUCCUCAUGUUCCUCAUAGGAGAAGUAUAAACGGUUGUCUGGGUUCGGUAGGUCCGCCAUAUUUUGUGUUUUUCCUGUGCAGUGGAAGAUAUUUGUCAUGGCUGCACCACUGAAAGUGUGUAUCGUGGGUUCAGGAAACUGGGGUUCUGCUAUUGCCAGGAUCAUUGGCAAUAAUGCACAAAAACUCCAGUGUUUUGCCACCAAUGUCAAGAUGUGGGUAUAUGAGGAGAUUAUAAAUGGAAAGAAACUUACUGAUAUCAUCAACACCGAUCAUGAGAAUGUCAAAUACCUCCCAGGAUACAAACUUCCAGAAAAUGUGAUUGCUGUGCCUGAGUUGCGGGAUGCUGCGGAAGGAGCAGACUUGCUGGUGUUUGUGGUCCCGCACCAGUUUAUCCGAAAGCUGUGUGAUGAGAUGGCUGGCUGUGUUUCUAAGACGGCCCGUGGAAUUACUUUAAUUAAGGGUAUUGAUGAGGGACCUGAGGGGCUGAAACUCGUCUCUGAUAUCAUACGGGAGAAGAUGGGUAUUGACGUUAGUGUCCUAAUGGGAGCCAACAUUGCGAACGAGGUAGCGGCUGAGAAGUUCUGCGAAACCACUAUCGGGAGUAAAGUCUUGGAGAACGGACAGCUUUUUAAGGAUCUUCUGCAGACGCCCAACUUCCGCAUCACUGUCGUGGAUGAUGCAGACACCGUGGAGCUGUGUGGAGCCCUCAAAAACAUCGUGGCUGUGGGUGCAGGUUUCUGUGACGGCUUGCAAUGUGGAGACAAUACCAAAGCAGCAGUGAUCAGGCUGGGGCUGAUGGAGAUGAUCGCCUUUGCCAGACUCUUCAGUAAAGACAGCUGCGUGUCCUCUGCUACCUUUUUGGAAAGCUGUGGAGUAGCCGACCUCAUCACCACCUGCUAUGGCGGACGCAACCGUCGUGUAGCGGAGGCCUUCGUUACGACCGGCAAGACCAUUGAGGAACUUGAGAAGGAGAUGCUGAACGGCCAAAAGCUUCAAGGGCCACUAACCUCUGCUGAAGUUAACAAGAUCCUCAAGCAGAAGGGUUUGGUGGAAAAGUUCCCCUUGUUCACAGCCGUGUAUCAGAUCUGCUUCGAGGGCAAGCCAGUUCAGGACAUGAUCUCCUGCCUGCAGUCUCACCCUGAGCACAUGUGAGAGAGAGCCUCUGAGAGCUGCAGUCACGGUGGUCUUGAAAGCAAUACGUCCACCAGCACCUCUGCCUUUUAUUCAGUAAUUAGUCCUGCCUUUAUCAUACUUUCUCAGUUUACAGUUUGAAAAAUUUCAAGCAGCCUUUAGAUUUCUUUUGGUUUAACAGCACUUCUGGACUUGGUGUCUUGCAAAAGUGUUUGUCCUAUUUUGUUACAUUACAAGCUGAAAUUAAACGUGAUUUUUUUUUUUUUUAAGCACCAUUUGAUUUACACAACAUGCCUACCACUUGAAAGGUGCAAAUUGUUGUUUUAUUGCGACACAAACAGAUGAAAAAACAGAAAUCUGGAGUGUGCAUAGGUAUUCACCCCCUCAGUCAACACUUUGUAGAGCCACCUUUUGCUGCAAUUACAGCUGCAAGUCUCUUGGGGUGUGUCUCUAUUAGCUUAGCACAUCUAGUCACUGGGAUUUUUGCCCAUUCCUCAAGGCAAAACUGCUCCAACUCCUUCAGGUUAGAUGGGUUGUGUUGGUGUACAGCAAUCUUCAAGUUAUGCCACAGAUUCUCAACUGGAUUGAGGUCUGGGCUUUGACUAGGCCAUUCCAAGACAUUUAAAUGUUUCUCUUUAAACCAUUCCAGUGUAGCUUUAGCAGUAUGUUUCGGGUCAUUGUGCUGCUGGAACGUGAACCUUCAUCCCAGUCUCAAACCUCUGGCUGACUCAAACAGGUUUUCCUCCAGAAUUGCCCUGCAUUUAGUGCCAUCCAUCUUUCCUUUAGUCCUGACCAGCUUUCCUGUUCCUGCAGAUUAAAAAUAUCCCCACAGCAUGAUGCUGCCACCACCAUGCUUCAUUGUAGGAAUGAUUUUCUCAGGGUGUUGGGUUUGUGCCACACAUGACAUUCCUCAUGAUGGCCAAAAAGAUCAAUUUUAGUCUCAUUUGACCUGAGAAUCAUCUUCCAUGUGUUUGGGGAGUCUGCCACAUGCUGUCAGGCAAACUCCAAAUGUGAUUUCUUAAGCAAUGGCUUUUUUUUCUCUGACCACUCUUCCAUAAAGCCCCACUCUGUGGAGUGUAUGGCUUAAAGUGGUCCUAUGGACAGAUACUCCCAUCUCCACUGUGGAUCUUUGCAGCUCCUUCAAUGUUAUCUUUGGUGUCUUUGUUGCAUCUCUGAUUAAUGCCCUCCUUUCCUGGCUGUGAGGUUUGGUGGGCGGCCUUCUCUUGUCAGGUUUGUAGUGGUGCCAUAUUCUUUCCAUUUUGCUAUAAUGGAUUUAAUGGUGCUCCUUGGGAUAUUCAAAGUUUGGGAUAUUUUUAUAACCCAACCCUGAUCUAUACUUCACAACUUUGACCCGUUUGGCGUGCUCCUUGCUUAGUAGUGUUGCAGAGUCGGGGUCUUUCCAGAACAGGUUGAUUUUAUACAGAUGUCAUGUGACAGACCAUGUGACACUGUGAUUGCACACAGGUGGAGCUUAAUCAACUAAUUACGUGACUUAUGAAGUGAAUUGUUUGGAGCAGCUCUUAUUUAGGGGUUUCAUACGAAAGGGGGUGAAUACCUAUGCACAGUCCAGAUUUCUGUUUUUCCAUCUUAUUGUGUCACAAUAAAACAAUUUUUGCCUUUAAAGUGGUCGGCAUGUUGUGUAAAUCAUAUGGUGCUAACCCUCCAAAAAUCCAUUUUAAUUCCAGCUUGUAAUGCGACAAAACAGGACAAACAAACACCAAGGGGGAUGAAUACUUCUGCAAGACACUGUAAAUUGUUAGGUUUGGGAAAUACUCAGGGUCUAACAGAUCACAAAGCUGCAAAAUGUUCUCAUUAAUUUCACUAAGUACAUGAUGUAUUGAGUAUCUAAUCACAUUAGUGUUUGUGUGAAUGGUGUGGGGUUAAUUUUAUUUUAAUUCCUUCAUUUGGUAUCUCCUGCCCCCUCGUGGAGCUCAUAACUACUGCAUAAAUACACAACAAUGAUCAGCUUUUAUUCCACUUUAUAGCUCAUAACUGAUGGAAACGGAUGGGUUGUAACAUGUUUUUAAACUUUAUAAGCCUUCUAAUUAAACCAGCUCGGUGAGGUAUUUAUCCAGUAGUUUGUGCUGUAGCUGGUCAGAGACGGUGAGUACUGCACAAGCUCUCCAGAAGGUAGAAAGCCAUUUGGAUUAACAUGCUGCUAAUGUACUCGCUGAUGACCUUCUACACACAACUUUUGGGGACCAAUUCUUGAUCACCCAGUACAUUUUUUCCUCUUGGGCAAAGAACGGUUAAAUACAACCCUGUCCCCAUGGAAGUGCUUAUACCUUUUUCCUAAUAAUCAGUUUUUAAACUUUUUUUAAUGUUUCUACAAGUGUUUAUAUCACCUUUUCCUGUCUAAACAACAGUGAGAAUAACCUACCAAGGGGGAAAAAAAAAUACCACUCCACUAUUAAUUUCCCUUUAGUUUGAUUUUAUUAUGGAGUUCAUUUGGGGUCUUUGACAUUUGGUACUUUUUAGUCCUUCUACCUUUUUUAUUACCUAUUUCUUUUUGGUAAACAAGGGAAUUUAUCAUACUGUGAGUGAAUGGUUUUUCUAUUUUUUUUUCUUAAAAUUAAAUUAUCAGAAAUUCAGUAAAUUGCAGCAUGUAAUGCUUUUUCCAAAAUGGAUUACACAUGGUUAUGGGGUUUUACGGUCAUUUGUCUUAUUCAAAUGGUUCCUUUUUGUACGCUGACUUUACUAAUCAAUACUAAUUAACUAGCACCACUUUCGUUUGAUUGCAGUGUGGCAUGUGAUUUUAAAUAUCAGAUUUGGUAUAACUUCCUGUUUCAAAGCUGUUUGCUUUCUUUGUGAGUUGGAAAAUCUGUGCUAUUUGACGUGUCUUUACCUUCAGCUACCAUGUUUGAGUAAGCAGCGAGAAUAGAUGGCUGUGUUUUUGCUCAUGGAUGUAAUGUCGUAGUCCUCGUUAGCAGUGUCUUUUGAUAUUCAUUUCAGACGCUGCAGCGUGGGUGUGGACGUGUAUACAGGCCUCACUCGCUGUAGUUUUGGUGCUGAUGGUUAUAAUUCUAGAAACAGUUUGAUAGAUCACUUUUAAAUGUCGCCAAGCAACACUAUUCUGUUAUCACUGCAAAAAUGAGAUCUGCUGUCGUGUGUCAUUUGUUUGUGGAGGUGAAAAGUGAAUUAGCUGCAGAUUGGCAAAGUAAACAUUUCACAUUUUAUCACAGCCUUGUCUAGUUUAAUAAAGUCUUUACUAUGCA